AUGCUCCGAUGGUUUCAUAAUUUUCUGUGACUGCGAUGUUGAAACUUUUUAAAAGAUAUUUAUUUAUUUUAACACUUCUGUUAAUAAUAGUCUUUUUAACUAUCCUGUUUUUUAGAAAUGUGUAUCAAGAAAUUAUUCCUGAACAAUAUCAUGAAACACGGAAUUAUCAUUUUAAAUUUCUACCAGAAAUUGCUACCCGCAACAACAACCUGUUUGAUAUAGCAGAUUUCACAUUCUUGCUGAAGCCUGAUGCCAAUGUUUGUUUAUCGAAUGAAAAAUAUGCCAAAAAUUUAAGGGCUACUAUUAUUGUUACGUCACAUAUUAAUAAUGUGGAGGUGAGGAGUGCCAUGCGUAGGGCCUUUUCUGAAAACGAUUUGUACCAGCUCGGAGUUUGUAGGGUUUUUUUGUUAGGAAUAACACCGGACAAUAAAUAUAUUAAUCAGAAAGCUAUCGAAGAUGAAGCGAGAAGGUUUGGAGAUAUUGUGCAGGGAAAUUUUCACGAGGCUUACAGAAAUUUAACAUACAAGCACAUAAUGGGCCUCAGGUGGGUGAAUCAAUAUUGCCCAAAUACACAAUUCGUUAUCAAGAUGGAUGACGAUAUUGUGGUUUACUUCACAAAGCUAUUAGAAUUACUGGAAAAAUUUGAUGCCAACAAAGAAUUCCUGAGUGGAUAUGUUCUGAAAGAUUUAAAGGUUAAAAGAAUCAAAGCAAAUAAGUGGUAUGUAACAAAAGACGAAUACGCUCCAGAAAUCUAUCCACAGUUUGUUUCUGGCUGGCUUUAUAUAAUCACACCCGCAGUCAGCAAAAAAUUGGAACAACUGGCUAGACAGGAAAAAUAUUUUUGGAUCGAUGAUGUUUUUGUUACCGGAAUACUGGCAGAGAAAAUUAAUCUGAAAAUAUAUGAUAUCAAGGAGAUCUUCACAGAUCAUCCAGAGUACUUCCAGUGUUGCAUGAACGAUUACGAGAUUGGCAAAUUAGACUGUGAUAUUAUAGUGGGUCCAAACGGUGGCAGGACCAACUUAUUUUACGAAUUCAACAAAAUGUUUUCUUUAUGUAAAAAAGAUACUUGUAUUGAUCGUUUGUAUAAAGUAAACAACUCAUGUACUGAAAGUGGGAAAAAGAACUUUACCAGAGGUAGUGCCAUUAUUUCUGCAUAUAAACUAAUUAAGUAGUCUGGCUACUUUGAUAAAUUAAAUUAUUUUUUUACGUAACUAUUGUAGUAGACCAUGAAUUCACUUUUUUUAUAUUAUACCCAUUU